AGGAAGAGCCAGACAGUCCAGUUUUGCAAGAUAGGAAGACGGUUGACAGGAUGUCUGGAGAGUUUGGGGAGCUCACACAGACUCCCCUACAGAAAGUAUGGAUUCCCCGUACCAGCAGGCGUCUACAGCAACGCAGGGGAUCCUCAGUGCCACAGUUCACCAAUUCACCAACCAUGGUGAUCAUGGUAGGAUUGCCAGCACGGGGAAAAACUUACAUCUCUAAAAAGCUCACUCGCUACCUCAACUGGAUUGGGAUACCCACUAAAGUGUUCAAUGUUGGGCAGUAUCGCCGUGAAGCCGUCCAGACAUACAAGAAUUAUGAGUUCUUCAGCCCAGACAAUGAGGAAGCCAUGCAGAUCCGGAGACAGUGUGCAUUAGCAGCUCUUCGGGAUGUCCGAACCUAUUUGAGCAUGGAAGAGGGACAAGUGGCGGUUUUCGAUGCCACUAACACCACACAGGAGCGGCGUGCCCUCAUCCUGCAGUUUGCCAAGGAGAAUGGCUACAAAGUUUUCUUCAUUGAAUCCAUCUGUGAUGAUCCAGACAUUAUCCAGGAGAAUAUAAAGCAAGUGAAGCUAACCAGCCCUGAUUAUAAGGAUUGUAACCGGGAUGAAGUGGUGGAGGAUUUCCUCAAGCGGAUUGAGUGUUACCAGAAAACCUACCAGCCAUUAGAUGAUGAGUUGGACAGUUCCCUGUCCUACAUUAAGAUCUUCAAUGUUGGCAGCCGGUACCUAGUGAAUAGGGUCCAGGACCACGUACAGAGUCGCACGGUCUAUUAUCUGAUGAAUAUCCACGUGACACCCCGCUCCAUCUACCUCAGUCGGCACGGGGAGAGUGAGCUUAACCUCCGGGGACGCAUUGGGGGUGAUUCUGGACUGUCCGAGCGGGGCAAACAGUAUGCCUACGCCUUGGCCAGCUUCAUCCGUUCCCAAUACAUCCGUGACCUCAAGGUCUGGACAAGCCAUAUGAAACGCACAAUCCAGACAGCAGAAGCACUGCACGUGCCCUAUGAACAGUGGAAAGCAUUGAAUGAGAUUGAUGCGGGUGUCUGUGAGGAGAUGACCUAUGAAGAAAUCCAGGCCAGUUAUCCACAAGAGUUUGCCCUGCGAGAUCAGGACAAAUACCGCUACCGCUACCCUAAAGGAGAAUCCUAUGAGGAUUUGGUGCAGCGGCUGGAGCCGGUCAUCAUGGAGCUGGAGCGGCAAGAGAAUGUGCUAGUGGUUUGCCACCAAGCUGUCAUGCGCUGCCUCCUUGCCUACUUCCUAGACAAGAGUGCAGAGGAAUUGCCGUACCUCAAGUGCCCACUGCACACUGUUCUCAAGCUCACCCCUGUGGCGUAUGGCUGUGAGGUGGAAUCUAUUUUUCUCAAUAUUGAGGCUGUGAAUACACACCGGGAACGUCCCAAGAAUGUUGAUGUGUCACGAGAUCCUGAGGAAGCCCUAGACACAGUGCCAGACCAUUAUUAAACAGAGCAAAAGAUGGUGUACAUGGGGGCUUUCUUCUCAUUUUAUCCACCUAGCAACAAUUGGGCAAGCUGGGCAAGGCUGAAAGAGAAUAAGGUCAAGAAAAAACUUAAGCUCAGAUCUUCAAGUCCAACAUUUUAACCAGAGAACUAUACUGGCUCUUAUCCGAACACUACAUCUGUUAAGCUGUUUUGCAUUUUAACAUCCUAAGACUUGUUUCAAGCGAGUGUGAUCCUGCAUGACUGCCAAGAAAAAGCUGAGUAUAUUCAGAAAGGAAAGCUUAGAAUUUAAAGUGAGUACUUAGAAAAUUGCCAAUUUCCUGCAAAGUCCAUAACUCCCACCAUUCAGUAUGCUUUGCUCCUGUUUCUGACGAAAUAUUAAAAAGGGAUUGAAAAGGAUACGUUCAUGUAAAUUAGGCAAAAUGUACAACUGUACACACCCAUUUAUUACUCCAACUUAUUCUAAUCUUAAAAACUUGGUUUUCCUUUUUGCAGAAGUUAAAUAUAUUACAAAUGCCACAAAGUCCAGCCCUUUCCUCUGUCUA